UUAUGCUGCUGUUGCCACACAAACCAAUGACCAGUGCAAAGAGAGGUGGGGAGCUCAUGAGGAGAGUAGAAGCAGGCAGAGCGUCGAUUGCGUACAGGCUGUUUCUUCAACCCACAGGAGACACUUUUUUUCAUUUCAGGUGACACAGAUUUUUGAGCUUUGCUCCAGUUCGCCACCAUGAUACACCCUUUGAUCAUCGGCAUUAUGACCGUGAAUACCUCUCUGACCAUCUUUUACUGGGCCUUCAUCCUGGGCGAUGCAUACAUGAAGUGGAUCGUGGAACCAGAAGACAAACCCAAGAAGAUAGUCACCCCAGCCUGAGGAGGUCAGCAUGGACCUGCCCACCUGACAGACUGACUGGGAGUUAUAUUUUUUUGCUUUUAGGACUAGCCCGUAGAGCUUCCAGUGGCGUCUGCUUUCUUUCAUUUGUAAUCUGGAAAAACUUGGAAACAGUUUUAGAGGAAAAAAUACCAAAAUCAAAGAGUAAACAAGGACGGAACCAUUUUUGCAGAGCUGCUGCGGUAGAGUUCAUGCUCGUUUUGAAGCCAUUUCAUCCCCAAGUUAAAGAAGAAAGCUGAGCAACAGUUUUAGUUCAUGUAAAAAAGUUUCAAAAACCAUGAACCAGGAAGUAAUCGCGCCCCUGACCUCAGGAGGAACUCCGCUUUUGAACCUCACGCAGUUGGUGUUUGAGCACCGACAGCUCCUCCAGUUGUCCAGCCCAAAGGACGAGGAAGAUGCUUAUUUUGUGGACUACGUCCCCCCAGCAAGAGAUGCAAUAACGUUGCCCCGCAGUGUAGUCUAUGUCCUAGUUGGAGUGGUGUUGAUAAUUGUGGUCACAUAUGCCAUAGUGGGCCAUCUGAUUAAAGACCUCAUGCAUGACCUAGCAGACUGGAUAUUUGGCCCUAAACCAGUGGAGAAGGAUCCAGAAGACGAGGCAGCAGAGGAGGAGCAACGACUCAGCAUUUCCAGUGAUCAGAUGGAGAUUGGAGACAAGCUGAGGAUGGGGAACGAAAAGGAGAUGCUGCUGCCCGGUUCCCACCUGGGAGAUGGAGGCUGCCGCCGCCCAGCUCCUCCUCCUCCACUGAGAAGUGCCAUCGCUUCAUCGUACCCUGGAGAAAAAAGGAUGUCUACUCAUAGCGUGACCUUCGCCGGCCCCUUUGUCACCUCCCUUUGAGUUUUCAUUGCAGCAGUAGCACAGCCACUUCUGCAGCAGGUCUUUGCAGUAGUGUUGCAACCUAGAGCUUCUUUAUUUCAUGCAAAAACAUGUAUAGUUGUAGUUUGUGGCCACUGCAAAACAAACCUAAUCUAAUUAGCAAGCCUGUUUUAAUUAGAUGCAGUAUUAUGAUGCAGUAAGUUUGAUGUAAACUCAUAUUUUAUGAUAUAAAACAGAACUGAUGUGACAUCUAAAUUUCAUGUUCAACCAAUACAUUUGUCCUGGAAAGAAGAUGAAAAAUGUUGCAAAUUUGCAAAAUUGACAAUAGCCAUGAGUCAUGCACGUACUCUGUUUUAUCACAUGUUGCUUUACAAAAGUGUGCAUCACUUUCCUCAUUCUGGAGGUAAACCAUAAGCUACGUUCCAGUAAACAACCUAAUAAUACAAA